AUGGGCCAGGUUCCGCCAGCUUUCAGCUUUGGAAUCAUUGCAGACGUGCAGUAUGCUGACCGUGAUGAUGCUCUAAACUUUUCAGGGUCACGUCUCAGGCGCUACCGUACUUCGAAGAGGCUGUGGGAAGGAGCUGUGCAGUGGUUUCGUGAAGAACAGGCUCGAUGA